AUGGUGGCCGCCGGCCGGGGCCACACCACACACGGCAGUGCCAUCCGUCGAGAGGAUGUCGACGCCCUACGGAGCCAAAAAAGACGCCUGGCCAAGGCGCCAGACGGUUGGCGUGCACUGCGGACACACACAUGGAGUGUUAGGCUUACACAACAGGAUAGAUCUGGUCAUACGCGGCUGGCCACAGCCUGGUGCACCUUCCGCCCACCGGUCCCAUCAUCUCCCGACUGCCCUUGCCCCAUCCAUGGCUGGGCCCCCUCCCUAUCAUCCCAGGCCCUCCAGGGUCCCAUCGACCGCGGCGCCGGCUCGCCUCCUGGUUCCACCGAUCCGGUAUGA